AUGCCGUACAGGUUCGCCAGACGCGCGCUGCCGUUAGUCUCAUAUGUUCCCCCUCGUCGGCCGCUCUUUCCCACGUCAUACCGCUUUCCUCGUCGCCCGCAAUUUCCCUCAUCUCCCUCGCCGACCCUCGCCGCCCUCGCCUCUGCUUGUCGCCCGCGCUUCCCGUCGUCGCCCUUGCUUCCCCGUCACCCGUGCUUCCCGUCGUCGCCCUUGCUCUCCCGUCACCCGCGCUUCCCGUCGUCGCCCUUGCUUCCCCGUCACCCGUGCUUCCCGUCGUCGCCCUUGCUCUCCCGUCACCCGCGCUUCCCGUCGUCGCCCUUGCUUCCCCGUCACCCGCGCUUCUUCUCAUCUCUCGCUCUCCUCCUCAACGGACUGAAUGAGAGACACAGAGGGGAUAGGACAGAAGGGUAUGCAGAUGUUCUUUUCCCCCACGCGCUUCCCCUCAUCGCCCUCACUUCCCCCAAAUUGUUGCCCCCUGUCUCUGUUUUUCCCCCCUCUGCCCUGCUCCCCCCAUCCCGUUCCCUGCUUCCCCCCACCCUCUGCCCUGCUUCCCCCCAUCCCCUUCCCUGCUCCCCCCCACCCUCUGCCCUGCUUCCCCUCAUCCCAUUCCCUGCUUCUCCCCACCCCCUGCCCUGCUUCUCCCCAUCCCCUUCCCUGCUUCCCCCCAUCCCCUUCCCUGCUUCCCCCCAUCCCCUUCCCUGCUUCCCCCCAUCCCCUUCCCUGCUUCUCCCCAUCCGCUUCCCUGCUUCCCCCCAUCCCCUUCCCUGCUUCCCCCUACCCUCUGCCCUGCUCCCCCCCAUCCCCUUCCCUGCUUCCCCCCAUCCCCUUCCCUGCUUCUCCCUCUCCCUUCCCUGCUUCCCCCCAUCCCCUUCCCUUCUUCCCCCCAUCCCGUUCCCUGCUUCCCCCCAUCCCCUUCCCUGUCUCCGUGUUACCCGUUUCCUUGUCCCUUUUCCCUGUGUCUCCCCACCCUCUGUUCUUAUUCCUUCACCCUCGCACACCUUACCGCCUGCCGACCUUACCACCUGCCCACCUUACCACCUCAAAUCCUUCCCUUCUCAUCCGCGCGCAGGUGUGGCGGAAGGUGCACGUGCUGCCUUGUGCCUGCCGCUUGCUGUCCACGCCUUCUAUCCCACCUCUCCCAAACCACGUCUUUUUCUAUAUGUGCCUCCCCUGCUGGCCCAUACCCUCUGCUGA